AUAAGAAGAAUUCUUGCAAAUGCAAUCGAGUUCCCGAUUUGGCACCAUUUUCAUCAUCCGAUGAUGAUUCGAUGAUGAUACUGUUGGUGGUGCUAAUGUUGAUGCUGCCUGCUGCUGAUGCUUUUGCACUGAGGAUUCCUGAUUCCCUUGCGCGGCUGGGCGGCAUCGUUGCCGUGUGUGUGUAUGUGUGAGAGUGUGUGUGUGUGUGGGGCCUGGUGGCUCGUUGCCAGUGUCUAUCCCCGGAGCAUCUCUUCACGCUCGUUGCAGUGAUGCCGGAUUCGUUGUGUCAUUCCUAAACCAUCCAGCUUUCGUCACACCUGCGGCGGGUAUCUUCUCCUGUGGACUCGGGUGCACUGGGGAUUCCCUGCUCCAGAUCGGUGGAUGCUGGAUUCUGCUGCAGAGCAUGAAGAAUUGAGCGUUUCGGUGGUGAAUUUGAUUGUAAGGGUGAUGCAUGUAGAAUGUGGGGGUAGCGUGUGAGGAGGAGGGGCCGGAGAGGGAGAAGAGUGCUUUUGUGGGAGGUGGUGUGAGGAGUUGUGCGUUGUUGAUUUUGACGGGAAGUGGCUGAGAAGCGGCAGCAUGAAGGUGGAUGGCAAUGGAGUCGAGGCGAUCCGGGAGCAGAAUGGCAUGGGUCCGGUUGUGGAGGUCAUCAAUGUGUGGUCCGGCCCGCGAUCGCUCAGCACCAGUCUCAUGUACUCAUUUGCACAGCGGGAUGAUACAGAAGUUCUGGAUGAACCGCUGUACGCACACUAUUUACGACUGAAACCUAACUUGUCCCACCCUUCACAAGAGGAGGUGCUCCGGCUAAUGGAGAAUGAUGGCGACAAGGUCGUGCGAGAUAUAAUCUAUGGGCCAUGCAAGAAGAAGUACCGUUAUGCUAAGCAUAUGGCAAAGCAACGAACUCCUUGCCUGACAAAAGAUGUGCUUCGUGGACGCCACGUUUUGCUAAUACGAAACCCUCUGGAGUUUCUGCCUUCGUUCGACAAGGUGCUUCAGGAAGAAAUCCCUGAGUUGGAAAUGGUGCAUCUAGCAGCACUCUACAUGGAGCUUCGUUCUUUGGGUCAGACGCCACCCAUAAUUGAUGCUACGGAUAUAAGGAACAACCCAGAGGGAAUGCUUCGGAGUCUCUGUUCUGCAAUUGAUAUUCCGUUCCAACCAGCGAUGUUGCGGUGGAAAGCAGGUCCGAGACCAGAAGAUGGUGUAUGGGCACCCUAUUGGUAUAGUGCAGUGCAUAAAUCAACCGAGUUCACCCCACCCCCACCAUUUUCAAACAAGCCCUUUCCCAAAAGACUUUAUAAGUUAUUGGAGCAAAAUCAACCAUUUUACGACUUUCUGAAGCGGGAGGCAUUACUUCAUAUUCCAUCCCCUGCUGCACCCCCGUCACUGCCUUGUCCAGACAAUAGAGAACUAUUUGUUUGGGCGAAUGGGCAACUUCUGUCCCGCAAUUCUGCCAAGAUCUCUGUGUUCGACUCGAUUGUGCAAGGUGGGGAUGGAGUGUGGGAGGGGCUUCGGAUUUAUAAGGGAAAAGUCUUCAAGCUCGAAGAACACUUGGACAGGCUUUUUGAUUCAGCUAAAGCAAUGGCCUUUGCCAAUGUUCCUAGUCGAAGUGAGGUGAAGCGGGCUUUAUUUGCCACCCUCAUAGCAAACAACAUGCGAGAUAAUGCACAUGUCAGACUAACACUUACACGCGGAGAGAAGACUACAUCAGGAAUGAGUCCAGCUUUUAACGUCUAUGGAUGCAAUUUAAUUGUACUAGCUGAGUGGAAGCCACCUGUAUAUAACAACACGGAUGGCAUAUGUCUCAUCACGGCAUCAACUCGUCGUAACUCUCCCAAUAGUUUGAAUUCCAAGAUCCACCACAAUAAUCUCAUCAACAACAUAUUAGCCAAGGUUGAAGGCAAUCUAGCUGGUGCAGGAGACGCAUUAAUGCUUGAUUGUGAUGGAUUUGUUUCUGAAACGAAUGCCACUAAUAUCUUCAUGGUGAAGAAAGGACGGGUUUUGACUCCUCAUGCUGACUAUUGUCUACCCGGAAUUACACGUGCCACAGUGAUCGAUCUUGCCCGUAAGGAGGGACUUGCCACGGAGGAGCGAAGAAUCAGUCUCACAGAGUUUCACACAGCUGAUGAGGUGUGGACUACCGGUACAAUGGGUGAACUUACACCUGUGAAAGAGAUCGAUGGGCGGCAGAUUGGAGAUGGUAACAUAGGCCCUGUAACAAAGCAGCUCCAGGUCGCUUACGCAAAGCUGGCUGAACAUGAAGGCGAAACUAUUCCCUUUGCACAGCAGUAAAGCUUGAAGAUAACUCUUGUUAGACUCAUGCUAGCGAGCCAUGCUGAUUGAAGUUUAACUUAUCACACAGUAUAUAGUUAUGAUGGUCUUAGUUCAUGUCCAGAGCGUGAUACAUCCAUUAGUGGUAUUAGAGGUCUUCUGUAGUUGUAGUGAGGUUUCUAGAGUGAGUAUGGUAUAACAUGUGUCCAUAUCCUCGAUGAGUGGUUUGCUAUUUCUAGAAGGUAUACUGUCAUCAUGUUAGCAGGGAUUGGUUUCCUCCAUAUACUCAAGCCGUUUUGAGUAUUGAUUAGCAUUUGAAAGCUCUUAUUGUUCUCAUGUUGAGAACCAUGGGUGACCGUUUAUUACGUUGAUAAACGUAGUUAGUUGAGUUGGAUUGGCCUUCUGGUUUUCAUCUUGAAAACCAACACAGGCAUCGUUUUGUAAUUUGACAAAUAAAAUUGCGGAUGGGCUGUUGUAUGCCACUUUAAGUA